AUGUUCACUUCCUUCGCACUGAGGAGGAGGUCGGUGCUGCGAGUGCUCCUGGUGGGAGGCGCCGUGGCGGCAAGGGUGGGCGUGGUAAGGGUGGGGGCGGUGGGAGUGCUGGGGGUGGCGGUGGUGGGGUUGGUGGCGAGGGUAGUGGCAGUGGUGGUGGUGGGGGUGGAGGAGGUGACGGCGGUGGUGGAGGUGGCGGGGGUGGUGGAGGUAGUGGGGUUGGUGGGGGUGGUGGAAGGGGUGGGGGUGGCAGUUGGGGUGGAGGCUCAGACUCCACCGACCCAGCUGAGCGGGGGUGACCUUACUACUGACAACACUGCGGCCUCUCGCCACUCCCCGCACUUGGAGACCCCUCUUGGUUUUUCUCCUUAG